AUGAGCGGGACCCCCCCGCCGCCCCCCAAGAGGGCCCGCCCGCCCCCCGACGGACCCCCGGACGACGACGACCCCGACCCCCGGCGGUGGGAUCCCCUCCAAGUCUGCGCCUUCCUCCGGAGGAGCGGUUUCUCCGACCCCCAGCUGCUCAGCCGAGUCCGAGAAAAUCAAAUCACGGGCGCAAAGUUACCUGGCCUUGAAAGAGCUGGUCUCGAAAGACUCGGAGUAAGGUCCUGGGAAGAGCAGCAGCAGCUGCUGAGCUGCAUCCGAGGCCUCUCCCCGCCGAGCCCCGUGGACAGAAUGAAGGUGUUCAACGAUCCUAUUCACGGCCACAUCGACCUCCACCCCCUCCUCGUCCGCAUCAUCGACACGCCCCAGUUCCAGCGCCUCCGCUACAUCAAGCAGCUGGGGGGCACCUACUAUGUCUUCCCGGGAGCCUCCCACAACCGAUUUGAACACUCCCUCGGGGUCGGCUACCUGGCCGGGUGUCUGGUCAGAGCCCUGCAAGAGAAGCAGCCGGAACUGCAGAUCAGCAAAAGGGACCUGCUCUGCGUUCAGAUCGCCGGGCUCUGCCACGACCUGGGUCAUGGGCCCUUUUCCCACAUGUUCGACGGAAGGUUCAUCCCCCAGGCCCGCCCAGACAAAAAGUGGAAGCACGAAAUGGCCUCCAUCGAAAUGUUCGACCACCUGGUUUCCGCCAACAAGCUGGAAGCGGUCAUGGAGUCUUACGGUCUGGUCCUGCCCGAGGACCUGAAUUUCAUCAAAGAGCAGAUCGGAGGACCCACCGAGACCCUGUCCGAGGACGCUUCGGAGGACUCCGCCCUCUCUCCGUGGCCCUACCGAGGGCGACCGGAAGAGAAGAGCUUCCUCUACGAGAUCGUGGCCAACAAAAGGAACGGCAUCGACGUGGACAAGUGGGACUACUUUGCCAGGGACUGCCAUCACCUGGGAAUCCAGAAUAACUUUGACUAUAAGCGCUUCAUCAAGUUUGCGCGAGUCUGCGAGGUCGACAAGAAGAAGCGUAUCUGCACCAGAGACAAGGAAGUCGGCAAUCUCUACGACAUGUUCCACACGAGGAACUGCCUUCACCGCCGCGCCUAUCAGCACAAGGUCGGCAACAUCAUCGAAACCAUGAUCACCGAUGCCUUCCUCAAAGCGGACCCCUUCGUGCGGAUCCGUGGGGCCGAGGGCCGGGAAACCUUCCGGAUCUCCACGGCCAUCGACGACAUGGAAGCCUAUUCCAAGCUGACCGAUCACAUCUUUCUGGAGAUCUUGCACUCCUCGGACCCCAACCUGGCGGAGGCCCAGGAGAUCCUGCGCAAAGUGGAACGCCGGGAGCUCUACAAGUACGUGGGCGAGACGCAGCCCUCCCACGACAGGAAGAUCGGGCCCGAGGAGUACGAUAAACUCCGAAGGGAAGUCGCCGCCUCUUCUCCGACCGGGAUCGACUUGAAGGUGGAACUGAAGGCGGAGGACUUCAUAGUGGACGUGAUCAAUAUCGAUUACGGCAUGAAAGACGAGAAUCCCAUCGACAACGUCCGCUUCUAUUGCAAGAGCAACGAGAGCCAAGCCGUCAUCAUCACCAAAGACCAGGUGUCCCACUUCCUGCCGGAGAGAUUUGCCGAACAGCUCAUCCGGGUUUAUUGCAAGAAGACCGACGAAGAGAGCUUGGAUGCUGCCAGGCACUAUUUCGUCGAGUGGUGUAUGAAGAACAACUUCACCAAGCCACAGGACGGGGACGUGGUGGCCCCGGCACUGACGCCCAGGAAACCCAACUGGAAUAGAUCGCCCUCCCUCCAGAACGCGCGGAAGACCAGAACCAGGCUAGGGUUUUGAGUCUGAUGUUCCCCCUCGUGCUCCGAGGACUCUCGGAGCCGGAAGCAGACCGAUCGGGGACCCCCGCCCCCGGCCACCGCCGCAUACGCGUGGGAAGACUGUGAAGCGAUCCGAGCCUCGCCGCCCGGCCGUCCCCCAGAAGCGUCCUCCCGUCGUCCCCCUCCUCCUUCGCCUCUGCCUCUCUCCGCGACUCACGGGGGCAAGUCUGACCGGGCCCCGGGCCGGCGAGAUUUGCCCAGCUAUUGGACUCACGUCCCCCCGCUCCGCCCCCCGCCCCCGGGACGGGAAGCCGGCCUCCGGCCGGGGGAGCGGGACGAAGGGGUUUCCCCUGGGGUCCGCUGGGUUCGCACACUAGCCUUGGCCUCGGGGCCUCGCAGAGCUGUCCGUCCGCCCGUCCUCCGUCCUUCCCACCCUCCCUCCCCGAAUGACAAGGGCCAGCUCGGCCAGCUCCUUCCUCCAGUUGCCUUUUCUGGGCUUGCCAUUUGAAAACAUCGUCCGCGAAUGAGCCGCGCUCACCACGGGGCCCGAGUCUCAACUGGCAGAAUAUCAAAUAGUCGGAGGGCUCGGGGCCGGCGGCGACCGAGGGGCCGCCUCGGGGUCAAACACGCACAUAUCGGGGACGUACGAGGCUGGUUUCGGGGGUCGGGGGAGGCCCGGGCCCCGCCGGCUGGAGGGGACGCCGGAAGGUCUCCGGGGGGAGCUGGGACCGCAGCCGGGCCGAGGCCGAGGUCAUCCUUCGGUCCCCGUCGGCCGCCGCGCCCUCGGUUUACCCCAGCUGUGUCUCGGAGGGACGCUGCCUCGCGGCGGGCUCUCUCCGGGGGCGCGCCGGGAUGUGAGGACGCAAGCCGGGGUCUCUUGUCUUUCGAUUUUACCGUACACAGUCAGGAUCUCAUCCCGCCCCGUCCCCGUGACUUGGAUUUCAGGGUCUCGGGCCUCAGGCCCGGGGGGAAGGGGGCCGCGGAGUCUCUCUGCCCGACGGGGUCUGGUGACACUUAACAAUAAAACCUCCUGAAUGUA